AAUCUAUUAAACGUAAUUGUAGAAGUUUGAUCGGAACGGAGAUCGUCACCAGGGAGCGCCGGCGGUGUGCAAUGGCCGGAGAGGCGCAGGAGAUGGUGGAGGUCACCGUAAAAACCAUCGGCCCCGCUCGCCCUACGAGGCUCCGAGUACCCUCCAGCAUCAAGGUAUCGGAUCUGAGGAGGAUCGUCGCGGCGGAGCGUCGUCUGCCGGCCGAGCGAUUGAAGCUUGUGCUGAGAGGAAAGACCCUUCAGGACAAGAAGGAGAAGGAGGAGGAGGAGGAAGAAGAGCCUGAUGAGGAUGUGCUGAUUAGGCUCCAGGAUGGAGAUUCUCUAAUAUUAGCUGUUGUACCUAAGCCCCCUGCGAAGCAUCUUCAGGAAGACGAUGAUGAUGAGGAAGAACUGAAAUUUCAAAUCCCACAAAGAACAAACUGGUUGAAGAAGAGAAUUUUCUUAUUUCUUCAGAAGAAGCUACGAUUUCCUGACAUCGUCUUGAUGGCAAUUUUCUCUAUCAGUCUGAAGGCUUGGAUUGGAAUCAUCCUGUGGUUCUCAAUGGCUCCCAUUGCUCAACGGUUUGGAAUAGGACCCAUCUAUAUACUUAUCACUGGGUUCUUGAUUAUUCUUCUGAAUCUCGGAAAAAGACAACAUGGUGACCUGAGUGCAUAUUCCGUAUUCAAUGAAGAUUUCAGGGAACUCCCUGGCACACUCAAUGCUGAUCGAUUAGAUAGAGAUAUUAGGGCAGGCCAAUUUUGAGCACUCUCUCUCUCUCUCUCUCUCUCUCUCUCUCUCUGUAAUUUAUCUAAACCUUAUUUUGUAGAAUAUUUCACAUAAGGUGUUGUACAAAUGUGAGUUUGAGCAUUCUAUUCCAUGUUUGAAUCAUGAAUGGAUGCCCCACUCAAUGUCUUACUCUUA